AAAUGUUUGUUGGUGCUAAUGUUGCAGACAGUUGGAGAAAUGUUUGGAGGUAACCAGAGUGGGGUCUCAGACUUCAUACUCCUGGGGAUCUCAGAGAGUCCUGAAGACCAGCGCGUCCUGUUUGGGAUGUUCCUGUCCAUGUACCUGGUCACGGUCGUGGGAAAUGCCCUCAUCGUCCUGGCCAUAGGCACUGAUGUGCGACUGCACACUCCCAUGUACUUCUUUCUGGCCAACCUCUCCUUCACUGAUCUCUUCUUUGUCACCAACACAGUCCCCAAGACGCUGGUGAACUUUCGAUCCCAGAACAAAGCCAUCUCCUAUGCAGGAUGCCUGACACAGCUCUACUUCCUGGUCUCCUUGGUGACCCUGGACAACUGCAUCCUGGCCACAAUGGCAUAUGACCGCUACAUGGCCAUCUGCCGUCCACUUCACUAUGUCACAGUCAUGAGCCCUGGGCUCUGUAUUUUGCUCCUCUCUUUCUGUUGGCUGAUCUCUUUCCUCUAUGGUCUCUUCCUCACCCUCCUCAUGGCCAGGGUCACCUUCUGUGGGUCCCGGAAGAUCCACUACAUCUUCUGUGAGAUGAAUGUCUUGCUGAGGCUCGCGUGUUCCAACACCCAAGUCAUCCACAUGGUACAGACUGCCACGGGAUCCUUCCUCUUCUUCACCCCCUUAGGGAUCAUAAUUCUGUCCUAUGUCUGGAUUGCCACAGCCAUCCUCCGAAUACCCUCAGCCUCUAGCAAGUACAAAGCCUUCUCCACCUGUGCCUCCCAUUUGGCUGUGGUCUCCCUCUUCUAUGGGACACUUUCUAUGGUCUAUCUGAAACCCCUGGAAACCGACUCUAUGAAGGACUCAGUGGCCACAGUGAUGUACGCUGUGGUCACCCCCAUGAUGAACCCUUUCAUCUAUAGCCUGAGGAACAAGGACAUGCAUGGGGCUCUGGGAAGACUCCUCCUGGGGAAAGCCUUCCAGAGGUUCACAUGA